GUUGCGAAAUAUAUCGGCUGCUAGGUGGCGUCUACACCUGUCAGUAAUUUCCUGAGCAGCCAUCGCAGCGAUGGAAUCCGGCGACGAUCCUUGCAAAACCCUAGCGAAAUCAAAUACGAGGCACAAGUGUGCAGCAUGUUUCAAGCAGUACAAGAAAAGGGAACAUCUCAUUGCACAUAUGAAAAUCUCUCAUCACUCUGUUCACCAACCUAAAUGCGGCGUAUGUCAAAAACAUUGCAAAUCCUUUGAAUCAUUACGGGAGCACUUAACUGGUCCACUGGCUAAACGAACAUGCUCGGAAAUUUUUGCUGAAAGAGGUUGCAAGUUCUGUAUGAGAAUUUUCGACAGCCGAGUUUUCAUCGAUGAACACCAAGAAAUGUGUUGCUUACCUGCCCCUGUUCCUCUGGGAACAAUGGAGAUGACUUGCACAGAAUAUCUAAUUUAUGAUCCUCCAGAAAACAUCGAAUACGGCAGUGAAGCUAUUGCUAUGGAUUGUGAAAUGGUUGGUGGUGGAAGUGAUGGAACGCUCGAUCUCUGCGUGAGGGUAUGCCUUGUUGACGAGGACGAGAAAGUGAUUUUCCACACUUAUGUACUACCUCCAAUUCCUGUUACUAACUAUAGGUAUGAACUCACAGGUAUCAAAGAAAGCCAUUUGAGAGAUGCCAUGCCGCUCAAGGAAGUCCAAGAAAAGAUUCUCCAGAUUCUCUACAACGGAGAAUCGAUUGGGAUAGUACGCUUGAACGGUGGAAAAGCUAGACUUCUUCUAGGUCAUGGCGUUCAGCACGAUCUAGACUGCCUAAGAAUGCAUUAUCCCGAUCAUCUGCUGAGGGAUACAGCAAAGUACCCUCCUUUAAUGAAGACGAAUCUCGUGAGCCACUCACUCAGAUACCUAGCCAAGACACAUCUUGGGUACGAUAUUCAAUCAGGGAUGCACGAUCCGUACGAAGAUUCUGUAUCUGUAAUGAGGUUGUAUAAAAGAUUACGCUCCCAAAAACACCAAGCAAGACAAAUGGAUGUGUCAUUGGCUUCUGCUCGGAGUUCACUGAGUUCGACUAAUGGUUAUGAUUGGAGUUACAAGGAAACUGAAAAUAUGAACCCCGACGAGCUUUUUAAUCUCUCAAAACCAAAUUACAAAUGCUGGUGUUUGGAUUAGCCAUAAAUUAUUGCAUUUUUUUUUGUUAUCUACAUUCUCAGGUUGAGUGAGGUUUUCAAAGAUAAUGAUACAACGUGAAUUCAGAUUUUAUUACAUUUUUUAUAUAUAUUUAAAAAUUAG